UUAAUGUGUAUAGGAUGAUGAGAACAUACAAAAAGUAUGUGACGAAUCAAACUUAUCCAGAGGGUUGUAUUGUUGAACGCUACAUACUGGAAGAGUCCAUGAUGUACUGCAUGGACUACAUGCCUGAUAAGAUGUUAGGAAGCCAUAAGAGAGUGAAAAAGAUAUUCUAUGAUGAGGGUGAUGAUAAUGCCGAUAAUUUCCAAAUCGAUAAAAAAGGAAAAAGUUAUCUUCUUACUAAUGUGCAAUAUCAACAAGCACGCAGAUGGGUAUUACAACAUCACGCUGAAAAUGCUCAAUGGCUGGGGAAGUACAAUGAAUACAUUCAUGGCCAAACACGUAAGGGACAAAACAGGAGGGGCAAUCCGUCGGUACAAAAAGAAGUAGACUACAAUGCUUGGUUAAGGGAACAAUUAGAGAAUGAAGAAAUGUCACAAUUUAAGAGAAUCGCUACUGGUCCUAGCUACAAUGCCACAUCAUACAGAAGGUUUAGAAGGAAUAUCAAGGAAGAGGAUGAGCCAUUUAUACAUGCAUCUCAGGCGGCUCAAGUCUUCUAUUGCAAGGAUCCGACAAGAGAUGACUGGCAUGUUGUAUUAGAUGUUCCGAAGCGACUAACAAAAGAUGCAUAUGCAUUUGAGGAUCCGCUAGUGUUUGAGGCCAGGUUGACUGCAGGUUCCUCGAGCCAUUCCUUAGUAGAUGAUCUGUAUGAACCAACUAGUGAAGAUAUACAAGAAGGGUCAUAUGUAGAAAUUGUGUCAAGUAACCCACGUAUUCAGAAGCGAAAAAGAAACUGA